AUGUUCCACUCCCCAUCCCUCACCGUAACACUCCCCUUCCCCCACGCUUCCCCCCCUCUUCCCCCACGCUUCCCCCCCUCUUCCCCCACGCUUCCCCCCCUCUUCCCCCACGCUUUCAUUCCCCUUCCCCCGUGCUACCACUCCCCAUCCCCCACUGUACCACUCCCCAUCCCCCACUGUUCCACUCCUCAUCCCCCACUGUUCCACUCCCCAUCCCCCACUGUUCCACUCCCCAUUCCCCACUGUGCCAAUCCCCAUCCCCCACUGUUCCACUUCCCAUCCCCCACUGUGAAACUCCCCAUCCCCCACUGUGAAACUCCCCAUCCCCCACUGUUCCACUCCCCAUCCCCCACUGUUCCACUCCCCAUCCCCCACUGUUCCACUCCCCAUCUCCCACUGUUCCACUCCCCAUCCACCACUGUUCCACUCCCCAUCCACCACUGUUCCACUCCCCAUCCCCCUCUGUGGCACUCCCCAUCCCCCUCUGUACCACUCCCCAUCCCCCACUGUUUUACUCCUCAUCCCCCACUGUUCCACUCCCCAUCCCCCACUGUGCCAAUCCCCAUCCCCCACUGUUCCACUCCCCAUCCCCCACUGUUCCACUCCCCAUCCCCCACUGUUCCACUCCCCAUCCCCCACUGUUCCACUCCCCAUCCCCCACUGUUCCACUCCCCAUCCCCCACUGUUCCACUCCCCAUCCCCCACUGUGCCACUCCCCAUCCCCCACUGUUCCACUCCCCAUCCCCCACUAUGCCACUCCCCAUCCCCCACUGUUCCACUCCCCAUCCCCCACUGUUCCACCCCCAUUCCCCCCCACUUCUACCCUCAUCGUCGUCGAUCUUUCUCUGCUCCUCCCCUGUUCCUUCCCUCGGCUUCCCACUGGAUUCCUCCAGACUCGGCCUAUGCCCGCCAGACUCUGGCACCUCCUGCUGCCUCUGGUAUAUCAUCGAGAACCCCGUCGCCAUGCCCCGCUGCUCCGUUGCUCUUAUGCUCCCCUGUGCCCUUUCCACGCUUCCACUCCGCCUUCCCCCCGCGCUUCCACUCCCCUUCCCCCACGCUUCCACUCCCCUUCCCCCACGCUUCCACUCCCCGUCCCCCACUGUGCCACUCCCCCUUCCUCCACUCUUCCACUCCCCUUCCCCCACGCUUCCAAUGCACCAUGCAUUGUUGUCACACUCCCCUUCCCCGACGGGUUUUGUCCCAUUCCCCCACGGUAACACUCCCUUUCUCCCACGCUCCCACUCCCCAUCCCCCACUGUUUCACUCCCCUUCCCCCACUGUGUCACUCCCCUUCCCCCACUAUUUCAGUCCCCUUCUGGGACUGUUCCACUCCCCUUCCCCCACUGUUUCACUCCCCUUCCCCCAACGUUUCACUCCCCCUUCCACCAAGCUUCCACUACCCUUCCCCCACGUUUUCAAUGCAACAUCCCCCACUGUUUCACUCCCCUUCCCUCACUGUUUAGGUCCCCUCCCCCCACCCCCACGCGUCCACUCCCCUUCCCCCACGCUUUCACUCCCCUUCUCCCACUGUUUCACUCCCCUUUCCCCAGUGUGCCACUCCCUCUUCCUCCACUCUUCCACUCCUCUUCCCCCACGCUGUUUAUGCAACAUACAUUGCUGUUACACUCCCCUUCCCGGAUGGGUCAUCUCCCAUUCCUCCACGGUAACACUCCCAUUCUCCCACACCUCCACAUCGUCCACGCUCCCACUCCCCAUCCCCCACUGUUUCACUCCCCCUCUUCCACUGUGUCACUCCCCUUCUUCCACUGUGUCACUCCCCUUCCCCCAUUGUUUCACUCCCCUUCCCCCACUGUUUCACACCCCCACUGUUUCACUCCCCUUCCCCCACUGUUCCACUCCCCUUCCCCCACUGUUUCACUCCCCUUCCGCUCCGCUUCCACUUCCUUUCCCCCACGCUUUCACUCCCCUUCUCCCACUGUGAGACUCACCUUCCCUCACUGUGCCACUCCCCCUUCCUCCACUCUUUUACUCCCCUUCCCCCACACUUCCAAUGCACCAUGCAUUGUUGUUACACUCCCAUUCCCCCACGGUAACACUCACUUUCUCCCACGCUUCCACCCCACCUUCCCCCAUGCUUUUACUCCCCUUCUCCCACUAUUUCAAUCCCCUUCCCCCGCUCCUCCACUCCCCCUUCCUCCACCCUUCCACUGCCCUUCCCCCACACUUCCAACGCAACAUGCUUUGCUGUUACACUCCCCUUUUCCGACGGGUCAUCUCCCAUUCCUCCACGGUAACACUCCCUUUAUCCCACACCUCCACUCCGCCCACGCUCCCACUCCCCUCCCCCCACGCUCCAACUUCCCCCCCACUAUAUUUCACUCCCCUUCCCCCACUGUUUCACUCCCCUUCCCCCACCGUUUCACUCCCCAUCCCCCACGCUCCCACUCCCCUUUCCCCACUAUGGCACCUCCUGCUACCUCUGGUACCUCAUUGAGAUGCUUGUCGGCAUGGGCCGUCUUAGAGUUCUUUGCAAAACUAGCCUCUACCCGGUGA